GAUCUCGCCCUUCAUGCGUCCGAUGGAGACACUUCUAUUCGGAGUGCAAGACGAUCUCGAGGAUGUGGAUAGCGAUUCUGAUGACGAGGCCGCCGGCACUACGCGCGCUGAACGCGCUGAGCGGAAACACGAGCGGAAGCGGAAGCACGAGCUGCGAUCGCAGUUCCGGGAACUGCUGGACCUUAUUCCAGACAUGAAGAGCGACAUUCAGUAUCUCGAUGCAGACGACCUCAUUACACUCGGCUCCUACAUCAACAACCGGGUGAUGGCUGUUCGUGGAGACGAUGGCGGACUAAUCCGGGAUGCGGUCAUUAAGUACAUGGGUCGCAGCAAAACCAGCGACAAGUUUCUGCUCGCGCCCUCUGACUUGGACAAGGGUCUUCGUGGGUGGCACAAUGAAUUCACAGCGCGGAUGCUGUGCCCGCAGGUAUCGCUGGUCCGGUUUGAAGAAGGGUGGGAAGACUUCGCCGCAAUGAUCAUGGCCGGGCCCACCGGUGCUGAUGAGGAAAUCCUACGGGGCGGAAAUUUCCCUUCUCUUCUGUACGACCAGGACCUCGCCGAUCCUCUGGACCCACUCAAGGGGCUCCUUCGCAGCCCGUACUUGAAGAUGUGCGUCAAAUCCCUCUGGACUGGCCCGGGAUCUGCAGCCUUGGAUGCCGGCCGCCAGGCGAAAACCCCAGGCCAGUCUCCCAUUGCAUGGAAGUACCGGGUUGUGCAUAUCACGCCUCGCAUGCUGGCCUACACGGCUGUUCAGGUCCGAUAUGAGCUCAGCAGUCUCAUUAAGUUCGGGACCACCGAUGUAGGAGCAUUCAACGGUAAUGAACUCUUCGACGAGAUCGUCGAUCUGUUCUCCGAUCCUGUGUCGGAGUGGUGCAAGUCCACGCUUGCGUGGUGGGACCAACAGGUCUUGGCGAAUAUCACAUACAGGCCCGUGUACGUCGUGGAGCGGCAAACACUCACGGUGGCAGACAAGAUGCGCGCUGAACGCCGGAAAGUCAAGAAGGCACGCGAGGCCGCGGAUCGCCACCUCUCGUCCGUGCAGUUCACCUUCCUCGUAACCGGCCUUGCCGUCUUUGCCUGCCAAAGUUUCUAUGCUUGCCGGGUGUUCCUUGUCGGCCCUCGCUAUCGUUGGCUUGUCAUACCUGCGGUCGUGUCGAUGUUCGGAGCAUUGGGCUUCGCAGUCGCUGCUGGGGUUGAAGCCUUCAUAACUGCCCCUCUCGUUUCCGAUCUGCAGCAUAUCAGCUGGCUCGUGUCUAUAGCCUAUGGGCUUGCGGCAGCGACGGACAUCAUCUUGACAAGCUUGCUUGUCUUCGUGCUUCACGUGUCUCGCACUGGCUCCAAGAGGACGGAUUCCAUACUUGAUACGCUGAUCAUAUACACUAUCAAUACCGACUUGCUGACAAGCAUCGUCAGCAUAGUCGCCUUCGUACUCGCCCUCGUCAUGCCGGGAAAUCUCGUCUAUGCGGCUGUUAGCAUAGUGGGUGCUAAAUUAUACGCCAACUCCGUGCUAGCUGUACUUAAUUCGCGACGCUCAAUCGACAACCGGUUCCUCGACGACUUCACGUCCUUCAGCCUUGCAUCCCUGGAAAAUACAUCAUCUGGCAUGCAACAGUCUCACGUCCGUAGGGAGGAACUUGAGUCUAUAACAUGCAACAUUCCUGUGGUAUACCCGUACACAUCAGAAUCCCCAGCUUUACGGGCCCAAAGCAUCACGUUUUCGUCUGCGAGUGACGGCGAGGUAGGGGCUGGAAUGUGA